CUUUCCAGAUGUUAGUGAGCAACUCAUGUUGUGGAGAGUUGCUUCGCUGAGUAAACACUGGGAUUGUCUUUUGGAAUACAAACAGUACCUGAAAUUUGUCUUCAUUCUACAGCAUUCAGGAUUUGUGAUACGAAGCCAUUAGCUUCGUUUAGGCUAGGCCUACUCUAUAUUUUUUGGUCUUUGUUUAUUUCUGUUUCGCAAGUGUCUGCUGGUAAUGACCAACAUCUGGACUUCACACCUAGAACAGUUGCAGAGCAAAAUAAGAGCCGAUGACCCUGUUGCAAACGGCAUGUCGGGAGGACUGAGAAUGGACGAUUCCCAGUAUGGCUUGAAAAUGCUAGAGAGUGAGUUGGUCUACAGUUCCAUUGAGGACAGCAGCAGUUACAUAGAAAAUGCCUUCAUGCCACAUUUAGACAUAAAGAGUGAACCUUAUGCCAUUGAAACAGUUGAUGGACCCUAUUUACAAAUCAUAGAGGAACCAAAACAGCGAGGCUUUCGCUUCCGAUAUGAAUGUGAGGGACCAUCGCAUGGAGGGCUGCCUGGAGCGUCCAGUGAAAGAAACAGAAGGACAUACCCCACCGUCAAGGUGUGUAACUACGUGGGUCAUGCUCGAGUGGAGGUGCAGCUGGUGACACACACUGACCCUCCGCGUGUCCACGCUCACAGUCUGGUGGGGAGGCAGUGCAACGAGGCCAAUGGGACCUGCAUGGUGGACGUCGGACCCAAUGACCUCCAGGCACAGUUCAGUAAUUUGGGUAUUUUGCACGUCACCAAACGGGGCGUCAUGGAGGUGCUGAUCAAGAGGCUGAGAGAGGAGAGGAGAAGGCAGAGGGAGUCAACCUACCAUUUCAGUGAUGCAGAUGAGCAGGCUAUUUGUAACGAGGCCAAAGACCUGAGCAAGUCCAUGGAUCUCAACAUUGUGCGGCUGAAGUUCACAGCGUACCUCCAGGACAGCACAGGGGCAUUUACCAGAGCCCUGAAGCCUGUCAUUUCCAAUGCCAUAUAUGACAGCAAAUCACCCAAUGCCUCAAACUUGAAGAUCUCACGUAUGGAUAAGACCUGUGGCACAGUGUUGGGUGGUGAUGAAAUAUUUCUGCUUUGUGAUAAAGUACAAAAAGAUGACAUUGACAUUCGCUUCUUUGAGGAAGAUGACGAAGGGGGUUGGGAGGCCUAUGGAGACUUCUCUCCCACAGAUGUGCACAAACAGUACGCCAUUGUGUUUAAGACUCCACCGUACCACAGCGCAGAGAUUGAAAGACCAGUUACAGUGUUCAUACAGCUGAAGAGGAAGAAAGGAGGAGACAGCAGUGAGCCCAAACAGUUCACCUAUGUGCCUCAUGUUCCAGAUAAAGAGGAAGUCCAACGGAAACGGCAAAAGUCCCUUCCUCACCCGCACUUUGACUCAUGGCCUGGGCCCCAGGGUGGGGCAGGCGGUUCAGGGAGAGGAGCCGGGGGAUUUGGAGGCCCAGGUGGAGGCCCAGGUUCAGGAGGCAUGGGAGGUGGAGCAGGCUUCUACCGCUACGGCAUGGACGGCUCGGGCUCCUACGGGUGCGGAGGGUUCGGCGGCGGCGGAGUGCUGCACAUGUCCGCUUCCUCUGGGACGCCAACAUCGGCAGCGGGAGCCAGCGGCCCAUCACCCAAUCCAGUGCAGCAGCAGCUCCUCCAGAUCGCUGCGGUCCUGCAGAACAGAGCCACGUACUCGGCCAAGCGCACGGCCCGCGCUCUCCUGGAGUACUGCAGCAGCGGGGACGUGCGCCCCCUACUGGCCGUGCAGAGACACCUGUGCGGGGUGCAGGACGAGAACGGAGACACGCCCCUGCACCUGGCUGUUAUCCACCAGCAGCCGGCGGUAGUGCAGCAGCUGCUCCACUCCAUUGUUAACAUCCCGCAACAGAACAUCAUCAACAGACUCAACCACCUGGGGCAGUCGCCGCUGCACCUGGCUGUGAUUACCCGCCAGCUGAAGGUAGUGGAGGUGCUGAUGAGGGUCGGGGCGGACCCUUCGCUCCUGGACCGGGACGGACGUACUGUUGUCCACCUGGCCGCCCAUGCCGGGGACGAAGUCACGCUCCGCCUCCUGCUCUCACACCUAGGCGAGAGGCACGCCCACCUGGUCAACACAGCUGACUUCUCAGGCCUCUACCCUCUGCACCUGGCUGUGAGGAGAGGGGGCGAGCGUUGCCUCCGACUCCUGGUCGAGUCGGGGUCCAAGAUCAACGCUCAGGAGCAGAAGAGUGGCUGCACCGCCUUGCACCUGGCCGUCAAGGAGAACCUCUUCAAAGUGGCCUGCACGCUCCUCACCGAGCUGAAGGCAGAUGUGAAUGUUUGUACGUUUGGCGGAAACAGUCCCCUCCACCUGGCUGCUAGUCAGGGCUCCCCUCCUCUCUGUUCCAUGCUUAUCGCUGCAGGUGCCAACAAAAGCCUGGAGAAUGACGAGCCACUCUUCUUCAGUUCCUCUUCCUCUGACGAGGAUGAGGAGGACAGACGCCUGAGACCAGCAGACAGCAGACAGACUGAGGAGGAUAUUGGUGGACAGGUCCAAGCAGUGUCGUCCUCCCUGGAACGAAUCCAAAUAAACCCACGCAAAAGACCAGCAGGGGGACACAAACCAUUUGACCUGGCCAAAUGUCAAAAGGUGAGAAAGAUUCUCGACAGCAUGUCCAGGCCUCAGACUAGUCCCCACACCACCAAGAGACCCAACCAAAACACAGAGGAAAGCGGGAGCGGUCAGCCGCUAGAUGGGGAGAUGAUGGAGAAGCUGUGCGGUCUCCUCGACCAGAGCCGGGUGCCCUGGAAGGAGCUGGCGGAGAAACUGGGCAUGCUCACCUUGGCCCACCUGUACCAGGAGAGUCCAUCACCGUGUCAGAACCUUCUAGAGAAUUACCAGCUGGCUGGAGGUGCAGUUGAGGGAUUGGUGGAGGCCCUGCAGACUUUGGGUAUAAAUGAGGGGGUGAGACUACUGAGACAGACACAGGUCCGAGAAGAUAAACAGAGCACAGUGGACACAACGGUGGACAGCGGCUUUGGCAGUCAGGGGAUUGAGGACGAUGAUGGCGAGCUUCCCGCUAUGGCAACUUCUUAACUGAUAGGAUGUGCAACAUCAGUGAAUUGUCUGAAUUGCUCUCACAGGAUGCUAUUGUCUAUGAGACAAUGUAAAAACCUCAACAGUAACAUGGAUGUUAAUAUUAAUGAUAUGUUAUCUAUACUGUAUAAAUAUUCUUUUCUCACCUCAGAUUUACCGUAUUUUACUAAUGAUAUUAUAUUUAGCGUCAUUGCAGUGUUUUAACGGAGUGAUGUUGGUUUGACUGUAAGAAAUGUUGUGUGUUGGAUGCAGAUUGCUACUCAGAUUGUUUAAACUUUAUAUGUCUUAAAAAAAAAACUUUCGUUGAGAUGAAUUAA